AUGCCUUCCCGUCUAGCCAUCAGCACCAUGUCGCUCGGGCGAUGCUGGGCUGGUCACACCUUUGAGCACAAGAUGGACAUGGCCGCAAAGUACGGUUACCAGGGCAUCGAGCUCUGGCAUGAGGACCUUAUGGAUGUCGCCGAACAGCUACCUGGAGGAGCCGCCCUGCUGGAGAACCAACUCGCUGCUGCCAAAAUCGUCAAGAGGAUGUGCAAUGCUCGCAACAUCGAGAUCGUCUGUCUUCAACCUUUUCAACACUUUGAGGGCCUCAUCGACCGUGAACAACAUGCUCGUCGGAUCGAAGAGUUGCGCGUGUGGAUUCAGCUCUCCCACGUCUUGGGCACCGACCUGAUCCAGAUUCCCAGCAACGUUCUUCCUGCGGAGCAAGUUUCCGAGGAUCUUGAGCUUCACAUCGCGGAUCUCGCAGAGGUGGCAGAUAUCGGUGCCGCUUCCAACCCUCCCAUCCGCUUUUCGUAUGAGAGCUUGUCUUGGGGCACGCGGGUCGACGUCUGGGAGACCUGCUGGGAGGUCAUUCAGCGGGUCGACCGGCCCAACUUUGGCAUGUGCCUCGACACCUUCAAUAUUGCCGGGCGCAUCUUCGCAGACCCUUGCUCAGCAACCGGAAAGACGGCCGACGCCGAGCAGGCAGUGAAGGACUCCAUCCAGAGACUCCUCACCACCGUCGACGUUUCCAAGAUCAUUUACGUGCAGGUCGUGGAUGCCGAGAGGCUCGCCGAGCCGCUGACACCCGCUCACCCCUACUACAACCCCGAGCAGCCGUCACGCAUGUCUUGGUCAAGAAACUGCCGUUUGUUUUACGGCGAGUACUCCAGAGGUGCCUACCUCCCCGUCCGGGAGCUCUGUGCAGCAAUCUUCCAGGGGCUGGGAUUCGAGGGUUGGGUCAGCUUUGAGCUGUUCAACAGGAGGAUGUCGGAGGAGGAUUACGACGUCCCUGAGGAGUUGGCUAAGAGAGGAGCGGCUGCGUGGGCCAAGCUUGUGAGAGACAUGAGGCUGAGAGUGGAGGAGCCAUCGACGACGAUGACGGCGUCGCUAUAG